GCAGAAAAAUGGGUACGAUAAAAAUAAUGACAUCAUGACGAAAUUUGUUCGUAGGCGCUCCAUUAGGCAAGUUUUUGUGAAACAUGGCACUCUCAUCUUCGUGCGUUGCUGGAACUGGAAGGCUACGCCGUUGCUUUUCAGGGAUUUUCCCAAGGAUUUGCAGCGUUCCAGCAUUGAAUUCAUCAAGGCAACCAUUUAGGAACCAAGGGCACUAUGUCUCAGUUGAUGAUGUUGUAUCAGGACUUACAGAGGAACAACAACAGCUCCGAGAAACUGUAUUCAAGUUUGCCCAGCAGGAGUUGGCACCCUAUGCAGCUGAAAUCGAUGCCAAAAAUACAUUCGAUAACCUGAGGGAAUUCUUCCAGAAGAUGGGCAGUAUGGGUUUCCUUGGUAUAACUGCACCAGAAAAAUAUGGGGGUUUGGCAGGAAGUUAUCUAGAUCAUGUGAUCAUAAUGGAGGAGCUAUCAAGAGCAUCUGGAGGUAUCGGUCUCAGCUAUGGAGCUCAUUCCAACCUCUGUGUGAAUCAGAUUGUGAGGAAUGGAAAUGAGAAGCAGAAGGAAAAAUAUUUACCCAAGCUUAUCAGCGGUGAGUACAUCGGAGCUCUAGCUAUGAGUGAACCAAAUAGUGGAUCAGAUGUUGUUUCUAUGAAGCUCAAAGCAGAACGAAAAGAUGAUCACUACGUAUUGAAUGGCAACAAGUUCUGGAUUACCAACGGGCCUGAUGCUGAUGUUCUGGUAGUCUACGCCAAAACAGACCUUGGUGCGCAACCAAGUCAUGGCAUCACAACGUUCCUCAUUGAAAAGGGCAUGGAUGGCUUCAGCACAGCACAGAAACUGGACAAGCUAGGCAUGAGAGGAUCAAACACAUGUGAACUGGUCUUUGAAGAUUGCAAAGUGCCAGUUGAGAAUGUGAUGGGUUCGUUGAAUAAAGGAGUCUACGUCUUGAUGAGUGGUCUCGAUCUAGAAAGAUUAGUAUUAGCUGCUGGACCAAUAGGUUUAAUGCAAGCAGCUUGCGAUGCAGCAUUCCCCUACCUUCACCAAAGAAAACAGUUUGGGCGACCUAUUGGAGAGUUUCAGUUAAUGCAAGGAAAGAUGGCUGACAUGUUUACAAGGCUGAACUCAAUCAGGUCAUACGUCUACAACGUUGCUCGUGCUGCGGACAACGGCCACGUCAGUGCCAGAGAUUGUGCGGCUGUGAUUCUUGUUGCUGCCGAGACUGCUACACAGGUCUGCUUAGAUGCCAUUCAAUGCUUAGGUGGUAACGGGUACAUCAAUGACUAUCCUACGGGUCGGCUGCUCCGCGAUGCCAAGCUCUAUGAGAUAGGAGCGGGAACCAGCGAAGUUAGACGACUCAUCAUCGGGAGAUCAUUCAAUGAAGAAUUCAAAUCUCUUCUCUGAAAGGAUAAUGCGCUCCUGUUUUGUUGAGAUAUGUCAUCUUCAUGCCGCAUUCAAUCGCCCAGAGGUCUUAUCAGUAAUCUAGCAUUUGAAAAAUUGAAUACCAGACAAUGAUUUCAUAAGAAAGCCUUUGAAAAUAAGGUUUCUCAUCUCCAUAUCAUGGUAUAUCUAGAUCUUGUUACUUUACACUAACCUAACUCUGUGAAAUCAUGAAAAUCUAUGAUGAAAAUGCCCGCACCGAAAAUUACCAACACAAAUGAGCAUAUGUGGGGCAUUGUUUUAUUACUGCUUGGAAAAAGACCUUACAUCUGACUUGAAUGUCAUGCUUGUUUUGUCAAUUUCUCAACAAUUACCGGUUCACAAUAUGAGGUAUCAAUAGGGACUUUUCGACUUUUUCACAAUUUCAUUGUAAGCUGAAGUUGACAUACACAUUGGGGGAGGAACAUUAUUACCCAAGUAUCAUGUUACAGAGGUUUUUAGUAAUUAUUUAUUCUUGUCAAAAGAUUACAUUUGGUUGUAUUCCAUGAUGCGAUAGGAAUCGGCUUUUCAAACAAUUAAAGUCCUUCAUGAAUUUGUGCAGAAAUCUAUGUUCAGCUUUUAAAGCUUUAUAAUAUAAAGCACCCCACGGAAAAUGAAGAGAUGAGAUUAUGGGAUUUUUUCUGUGGUAUUUUGAGCUAUAUAUUUAUAUUUUUCAGUUUGAAGAUGUGCUAUAGUGUACAGAUAAGUAAUGAAGAUGUGUAAUGUCAUGGUAAAUUGUCAAUAUUUUUGAAUUUCUUACAUAUACAUGUACAUUGCAUAUUGGCAUGCUGAAUGUUCUUACAUGUAUAUAUCACUUGCAGAGUGAGCUUUCAAGAAAGCAAUAAAACAGAUUUAACCUACAUGUAUGUUGUACAUGAAGUUAGGGUCAACAUCAUUACCAUGACAAUGAUCAUGAUCAUGAUCAUCACAAUCAUCAUCAUGAUCAUCACCAUUAUCAUCGUCGUCAUCACCAUCAUCACAAUUAUCUUCAUCACCAUCAUCUUCAUCACCAUCAUCUUCAUCAUCACCAUCGUCAUCAUUAUCACCAUCAUCUUCAUCAUCAUCCUCACCACCGUCUUCAUCAUCAUUUCACAGAUACCAUGAAUAUAAUGUACAUGUAAUGCUACAAUGCCUACUUUGGGAUUUUGUUGCUUUGUUUUCCUUGGAAACCAAUCAACUUUUCCCAAAACAUUAUGUAGGUGUCUGAAUACUCUGGGAUGAAACAAUAUUUCUCCCAAGAGAAUUUAAUCCUAUCCAUCUGAAAAUAAAGGAUGAGGAUUGGGAUUUUAUGGUUGGGAAUGUGGUUCUGAAAAAUAUGAGGACAGGUAUUAGGGUUGGGUGUGUAAUUAAGUUAUAUGAUUGGCUUGAAAAUAAUAUGCAGAAGUUCUACAUGAGAAAUUAUUCCUGGGGAAAACAUCAUAAAAGACUAAAUCAUUGCAGAGAGAUGAUUUUAUCUCCAAUGUCCAAAGUGACUUGGCUUAUAAAUGUAUGAUAUUCUGGUAAUGAGGUUGAAUUAUGUAUGUCAUGUACCAAAAUGAUUUGCAGUAUGUUAAUAAAUGUACUUGAGAAAUAGUAUGAAAUGUAUCAAUAUUUUUGGCACCACAAUCUUCAGAAAUUAUCAAUUUGAUGAGAUUUCCAGGCCGCACAUACACUUGUGUACAAUCCCAUGAAUAUCUGUAUUAUAAUUAUUACCUUUAUCAUAUAUUGACCUCGUAUCUCCCUGCUGUGACGGAAGGAGAAUCGUGCGGCUUUGUCCUGAAAUAUGUUUUGCUGAACUGUAUUCUUGUUUACAGUAAUUUAUGCUAUGUAGCCAACAGAGGCUACAGAACAAUCCAUGAUUGUAUUAACAGAUAUCUAUUAAAAUGAGAAUAUAAUGU